CAAACAAUCUGAUUAAUGUUACUGCUUCACAAAUCAUAGCUUCUGGUUUCCUCAAUAAUCGUAACUACAACAUACAAGAAAUAAUGGAAAUAAUUGCGGAUAGCCAAAGACAGAGACGCAUUAUGGGUUAUAACAUUAUGGUUCUUUUGAUCACCCCUGAGUGUCAUCGACAAAAUAUGCGAGACACG